GCUCAAGGAUGUUUGCGCAGUUCAGUUUGUUUUGACAUAAGAGCUAGUCUCAAUUACACAGGAAGUCUUUGGUCACAGUUGCUGAAAUCGGAAACGGUUUCAACAGAAGAGUUAAACCUGGCAUGCUAUACUAGCUAGGACUUGACAUCAUACAGUGUUUUUUUGGAUACUUUUUUAAAAGGAUUUCCUGAACAUCUGAAGGUAGAAGUCACAAGUGGAUUCUGGAGCGAGAUUUAGGGAUUAACAACCUACCAUCUGUGUGGUGAUAUAGGAAGAGCCAUGUCUGACAAGAAAUCAAGAAAAGUGAAAAUGGGGUCGUCACGAAGACGCCCUCGGAAUCUAGAUGAAAAUGAGACUAAGAACGAUGAGUCCGAAAUGUCGUCAGCUCAAAGGAAAGGAGUUGAUUCGGUUUCGUUAACCAUACAAACAGACCUUUUCUCAUCGAAGGGCUUAUAUUCAAUAACACCACAAUUCAUGGAAGAUGUUAAUCCAUCACUAAAUGACCUCGCAGAGUCACAGCUGUCUCAACCUGGAAACCCAUAUCUGCUACAAUCACCUGACACUGCAGGGAAGAGGAAGAAAAUGGGGUCUACUCGUAGGAAUAAAGGCAACCGAGAAGAGACAGACUUUGGGGAGAAACAACAUGACGAAACUGGAGACACAGAAACAUCCUUAGAACUUCAGGCAUCCGUUGUGGAAUUUGAGUCCCACAGCAACACUGAAGGGCUUCUGGGACCAAACAAAAUUGAAAUGGACACUGAGAGGAGAAGUCAAUGUGAGUUUAUUUUGUUUGCUUCUAACACACCCGACGAAUCGGAUGACAAAUGUAAAGAGGAAGUUGGUGAGGAUACUGAACCUAAUAGUGAAGCUGUGGCUAGUUAUAGGAGUGAAUUGCUUCAAGAUACUCCUGGAACUGACUCACUCCCCCAUCUGUCUCUUGACCUUGCAUUGCAAGCUGUUCAAGUAUUCGCUGCUGAACCCAUAGCAGAGGACUGGAAGAAACCGGAAGAGGGGAGGCAGGAAAGUGAGCAUGCUGAGGCGGAGUCAUCCACAUUAAACAUGUGGAAACAUUCAUCAGAUCAAUACCUUGAGUCAGACGCUUCAACCAUCACAGAAGAUUUUGAGUCAUUCAGUAACACAAUAGUCCUCCAAAGUGGAGAAGGUGAAGAGAAACUUCAACCUGAUCUAAAUGAGUCCAAAGUCCAAGAUAUUAACUCUAUUGGACCAGGCAAUCAGGAAGCAUUGCACCAAAGAGAUGAAGCAGAGGACUUUGUUGAUCUGAUAGUUGAAGAAAAUAUAGUACUGGCAUAUAGGCCUCAUUUUAGACAACUAGACAACGUAGAAAGCUAUCAACCUGAGCGAAGUGAGGAUAUUACCUCCUUUUUAAAAUCAACCCCCUCGGAUAGUUCUUUCGGUCACGACGAACGUGCUCACACAGGAUCCAGCUUUCCAGGGAGAAGAAGAAAGAUGGGUUCCACUCGCAGAGUGGAAGAACUUGGAGAGAGUAAGAUACGUAAAUAUCGGUAUCUUUAUGGUGAGGGUGAAGAGGCCAUCGUGGGAAAAGAACCAGUGUGUGGCAUCGACGAGACUGAGUGUCAAAUGUCUAUGGAGCCUAAAGGCAGUGCCAGUGGAGACGAGAAGGAAGGCGAGCAGAUGGGAAAGGGGAAUUUCCAAACAGAGGAAGACACAGAAAACAUAGAAGCGAUAGGAGAGCAGUUAGAGUGGGACAUGGGAACAGUGGAAGGAUUCGGUGUUAAAACAUUGGAAAAGCCUCUGUUAUUGGAACCGGAGCAUAGAGCAGAUGAUGAGAAAGGAGAGGAUGUUCUGAUUGAACCAACCCCUUUUGACCAUGUCAUCUCUUCAUUUGGUAUUGAUGAUCAAUUGUAUAACAAAGACAACAGAGCCACUGUGUUUAUAGAAACUGGCCAUAUAGAAACUGAGAGCAACAGUGAAGCAAGCAUGGCUCACAUAGUUGACCCAUUGUUCCAGUCCAACACUGAAGGCCUCCAAUCAGGAGACCCUUUUCUCAGCGAGGAGGAAGUUGGUGAUUAUACGUUGCUUGGGAAUGAUUCUGAAGUGAGUGACUGCAGCCAAAUAAUAUAUAAUCAUGCUCUUACAAUCGAGUCCGAUGACACCUUGAGCACUGAUCCCAAUAUCUCUCCUAGUCAACUCAUCCAUACUCCAUGUGUGGAAAUCACUAACCCCUCUCUCAUUCUCAAACCACUACUAUUACUGCAGAGUAUUCAAGGGAAUGAGGAGGAUGCAAACACUGACUCCAAUACCACAAGCGGACUGGACACAUCAGUCAUAUUACUCAGCGAGGGGGAAGUUAGUGAUCACGUGUUGCUUGUAAAUGAAGUGGGUGUUGGCAGCCAAAUUACGUAUGAUGGCGCAACUCUCACAACAGAGCCCCGCCAAACAGAUGAGCCUUUGAGCACUGAUCCUAAUCUCUCUGCUAGUCAACUCGUCCAAGCUUCAUACUCCGAUGAAAGCACCAACUCCUUUCUCAAACCACCCUUACUGCAGAGUGUUUGGGACCAAGGUGAUACUGCAGCAAACGCAGACUCCAAUCAGAGUUCCUCUCCAAGCAGGAGGAGAAAGAUGGGGUCGACUCGCAGGCAUCCUGCACAAAGAGAAGGGGGCACAGAGGAAAAACAAGAAGAAAUUAAAAAAACUGAGGUGAUAGAAGACAAGGGAGAGGACAUGGAGUUUGAAAUGUUGAUGGAAUCAAAGGAUGGAGCUGGUAAAGAGAAGAACGAAGGAGAAAAAAGAGAUGAGAAAGUCCUGACUGACCUCAGCUUUUCUGUCCGUACUUUAAAUCAAAAGGGACGAAUGGAUGGUAACAAAAUAGAAAGUAAGAGACAGUCAAUCGUAAAUGAUGAAUCCAUGGCAACACAACUCAUUCUUCAAAGUGAAUCUGAGUUGACUGAUAGUAGCCAAACUCUUCAUUUUCCCACUGUAGAGUCCUACCUGACCAAUGACACACCGUACUCAAAUCCUAAUGUCUCUGGUUUGCAACACAAAGAAACAUCAUUGGAGGUAACACUCUGUGAAUCAAGAGAAAACACUGACUCCCCUCCAGAUCCCCCCUCACUGCAGAGUUUUCUUGGUCCGAAAGAAACGGCAGGCGCCCCACGGAGAAAAAGGAAGAUGGGUUCCACUCGCAGGGCUCCUCGAGAUAGACAAGGAGAGGAGAGAACAGAGGGAAAGGCGGAUGAGAAAGAAAAAGACACAGAUGUUCUAGAAGAUGUAAGAGCAGUCAUUAUAGCAGUAGAAAUUGAGUCUAGCAUAGAAAAGAAUGAGCUUGAGGAACUUCUAGAAAAGGUGACAGUGGGGCAGGUGACAGAGACUAUAGUAGAAGGAGAAUCUGCCUUAAAGUCUGAGUUUGUAGAACUUAAAGUUAGAGAGGCGGAGGAGAUAGAAGUGAAAGUAGCCGCUGAGAGCGAAAGCAACCAAACUUCCUGUGGUUUAGCAGCCCAAGAGUCAGGUGAUAUGGUUUGUAUAGAUUCUCAUAGACUCACCCAAACUGCUUACAUGGAACGUCUUUCAACACCAAGCCCCAGUCUUCCUUCAAAAUUAUCUCUCUCUCUGAGUUCCCAAUCUCACAAGGAUGUUAAUCAAUCCAAAGCUACAGGGAAGAGAAGAAAGAUGGGCUCUACCCGUAGGACACCAGGUGGACUCCACUCAGAGGAAGAAAAGCAGGAGACAGGAGAAAAGGUAACGGGGGAAGAGGUUAGAGAGGAAGCCAUUGGAGAUCUGGACGUCAAUGUUAUUUCGGAACGAUUUCAAGAGGAGCGCAGGGUUAAAGCUGUCAGUCUGGAGGACCAACAGGAGAGGAAGAGCACAGAGAAGGAGACAAUAUUCAUAGAGGUUGUUCCCUCAAGCGCUGCUUUGAGUGGAGGAGGGUCUGAACAAGUGACUGCAGCUAGACAGCCAGGCCAUGGGAAUAAAAGAGUUCAAGAAAGGGCAGAGCGUAUGGAGAAGAGCCCAGUCACCAGAGAGAAGAAGAAACAGCCAUCUGGUACCUUAGGAAGCAAUGGCUCUCGAUCAAACCCCUACAACGUGGUGAUGGUUGGAAACAGCAGUGUGGGCAAAACAUCCUUCAUGAAGCGCUUCCAAAGUGGCGAGUUCUGUAUGGACCACUAUGCUACCAUUGGUAUUGAUACCUGUAUACAGCCUGUGACAGUGGAUGGCAGCCCAGUGACUUUACAGUUAUGGGACACUGCAGGUCAAGAAAGGUAUCACAGUAUCACCAGGCAGGUGUUCCACAGAGCCCAGGGUCUAGUGCUGAUGUAUGACAUCACUUCCUCUCAGAGCUUCUGUGACAUCCGCUACUGGGUCAACUGCGUUCAGGAAGGGGCCCCAGAUGACGUCAUCGUUAUACUUCUUGGGAACAAGGCCGAUUGUGCUGAUCUAGAACGAGAGGUUCACACUCGUGAAGGGGAAAACCUGGCAACGGGUUACGGCAUGCUCUUCAUGGAGUGUAGUGCUGCCACAGGUGACAAUGUGACUCUGUCUAUGGAAACGCUGGCAAGGACGCUAAAGCAGUUGGGAGAGGAGACGCGACAAGAAGAGGGAAGCUUGGUGUUGCAGAAAGAACCCCCGAAGAAGAAAUCCGGCUGCUGCUGAUCAAGGUGGAGAAGAUUGUGUGUGCACAGUCGCACACACACAUUUGUGCCUCAUACGCCCUUAUGAUUGUAUUUUAUUUCUAAGUGUAAUAUAUCAAAUGCAUUUAACAAAUCAUGUAGUAAUAGUGAUGUGACACUUGAAAUUAUCCUCCCUUUGGUACUUCCUUCAAUUACUGCUUAUGGGGGGAAAAUAUAUAAAAUCAUUGAGGUAUACGUUCAUACCAACACUAUUCAUUUAUAUUAGGUAGUUAUAUAUUAUAGUUGUAGGGUUUCUAUUUGCAUGAAAAAUAUCAAGCUAUGCAGCUUAUAAAUGCCUAAUAAAUUCAUAAUGCAUUCAACAACCUCCAUAAUUAGUCAUAUUGACAGAAAAUAUGACUAUUUAACUAUUACUGGGAGUUCCAGGAGCUGCCACACUCUUCCGAUCCGUUCUGAUCUUAUUGAUCGCUGCUGUUACAUCACAUUGCAUCUCAUCAUCGGUGACUAGAAGACCGAGACAUUCAUUGAUUGUCAUUUGUUGCCUCGUCCGUCCUGUGGGCUCCAGAGCCACAGUAGGACCAGUACCAUCAGGCUGAGGAACACGGCAAACACAAUGAAGAAGACCUCCGCUGCCCACUGGCUGUGCUGCACACCCGUCACCACCAGGGGGAGCUCUGAGGGGAUCAGGUUGGUCAGGUUCAACAUGUAGCCCAGCGUCCAGCCAAUGUCUGUGUCUGCCACCUGAUAGACACCGAUGUAUAUAUAAACAUAUACUGUAUCACAAGAGGUUGGUGCCACCUUCAUUUGGGGAGGAUGGGCUCGUGGUAAUGGCUGGGGUAGAAUAGGUGGGAUGGUAUUGAUGCCAUUCUAUUUACUCCGUUCCAGCCAUUAUUUUGACCCGUCCUCCCCCCAGCAGCCUCCACUGUCCUGUGUGUAUGUAUGAUGCACACAGCUUCAUUAGGGCAGCACAUCUAUUAAUAUUGACUGCCGCACAAAAAAUACUGAGUUUAUUCUGUGGUAUAAUUUCAUUAACUUUGUGUCCUGAAGUUAAAUCUUUCAACAGGAUGUUGACGUUUUUACAUAUGCUGUAUGGUUAAACACACCUGUCUCUGGAAGUAUAUGUUUCCCCAGGUCUGGUUGAACUUGUAGCCGUCUAGUAGUAUUGUCAUUAUGUAGUUGGCUGAGGCACAGUAAUCACGAAGGUACUUGUCUUUUACAGUGUACUCUUUCUUGAGCUGCCAAAAAAGUUAUUACGCACGUUGUAGCAACAUUGGGAAUUAGAUCAUUACGAGGUAAAGUUUGUAGGCUACUGUGGAUUGAUAUCUGCUAAAAAGAAUGACAUGUUAUGGAUGCUCAUACUCAAUGUUCAUUCUCAAUCACCUGUUUAGCAUGUUAUUGAGUAUGAUUCGAUGAAUCUGUGUACAGCUAUACAGUUUUAAGGAAGUGUACUGGCAAUGUGAAAGGUCAGCAGAGGUCUCUAUAUCUCACCGAGCUCCAGGUCCUUUUGCAGAAAGUGUCUAUAGUGGUGGUAGCCUGAGACAGAGAGGACUGAGGUGCCAGACCAAGGAAGUCAAAGGUGUAAUAGUAUGCUGAGAAAGCCUGGGGAAAGGAAACAGAAUGAUGUUGAUGAUACACACUGAGUGUACAAAACAUUAGGAUCUCCUUCCUAAUAAUGAGUUGCACCCCCUUUUGCCCUCAAAACAUUGUCAAUCCGUCAGGGCGUGGACUCGACAAGGUGUCGAAAGCAUUCCACAGCGCUCCAAUGGUUCCCACAGUUGUCAAGUUGGCUGGAUGUCCUUUGGGCGAUAGACUAUUCUUGAUACACACGGUAAACAGCCCAGCAGUUGCAGUACUUGACACAGUCAAACCGGUGCGCCUGGUACAUACUAGCAUACCCCUUUUUAAAGGCUCUUAAAUGUUUUUUUGUGUUACCUAUUCACCCUCUGAAUGGCACACAUACACAAUCGUCUUAAAUCCUUCUUUAAGCUGUCUCUUCCCACGUACUGAUUUGAAGUGGAUUUAACAAGUGACAUCAAUAAGGGAUCAUAGCUUUCACCUGGAUUCACCUAGUCUGCCAUGGAAAGUGCAGGCCUUCCUAAUAUUUUUGUACACUGUAUAUACUGUUAGACAUCUUUCAAAUACUUUGAGUGUUCGAUUGAGCCUGCCUGGAGUGCCAGUUGAGUGGGGUUUGCAUAGAUAUGGGAUGAAUACUCACAAAGAAGUUUCCACUGACAGGGGGCUGGUAGACCCCGUUGAAGCCACAGUCAGGGGCCAGGGAGCAGGCAGCCAGGUUCGUGAUGUUCUUUAUCUGGUUGAGACACUGAAGUGGCUCACUGGUCCCUGUGAAGGUGACCACUGAGGCUGGGUCAAAGGUCAUGGGUCUGGACACGCAGGGGGAGUCAUAGAGGUCACCCAGAGUCAGGGUUAGGUUGUCACCCAGGUGGUAGCAGGGGUGGUUGACUGGGCGAGUAGACCCACUCAUCUGGUAGAGGAGGAAGUUGGCUUGAAUCGUACAAGAACUUACCUAAGGCAGCCAUGAAAUGCUUCUGACUCAGACACAUUCAGUCAAACUGCUUUAGGGCAAUUCUUCACUGAAUUGACUGAAAUAAAUGUAUGAUGUGUCUUAAAGAAGGCCUGGGUGAGGCCGAAAUGUCACAUACUGUAUGUCCCAACUUUAUUGAAUUAUUAUUAUUAUAAAAUUAUUAUUUCAAAGGUAUGCCAAACAUCCUUUUCCCAAAUGACCUUUCUUUGGAUUUCAUUUCAUGAAGAUCCAAAACAUAUCUUUGUUUGUUCAGUAUCGUUCUUUAGAACACUACCGCCUGUUUGCUUUUUCUUCCUGAAAACUGGUUUUAUACAAUAUCUACAUGUAUGGGGAGUUUACCUGGUAUUAAUAAUACCAGCAUUUUGCUACCCCUGCAAUAACAUCUGCUAAGCAUGUGUAUGUGACCAAUAAAAUGUGAUUUGAUUUACCUGCAA